AUGGUAGGCGUCCCAGGCCGCAGCAGCGGCUGCCACACCUGUCGCUCAAGACAUAUCAAAUGUGAUGAGCGCAAGCCGACCUGUCACCGUUGCGAGAAAUCCGGCUACGCCUGCCAGGGCUACAACAAGCCCAUCCAUUUCCGCAUUCACACGGCUGGCGCCUCCGCUUCCACCGAUACCCGCUCCAAGGAACCGCAGGACCAGCGCUAUCUGAUGGUCAAGAAGACGCGAUGGACCAACCAGCCUGCUGCCGUGCCGCGCGAGCUGGAUCUCUCGGCCUUCCAAAAUGACAUGGCCUUCUCUUUUACUUUCAAGAAUCUCACCUACAGCAGCUUCGGUCGACCGUGGCUGCAGAUGGCUGCUGCUGAUCGUAUCGACGCUACAUCUUCUGCGGCGUGCAAGGCGCUCGCGCUGGGCUUUCUGGGAAACUCGCAGCGCCAACUCACGCUCCAGAACAAAAGUGCCGUCGAGUACGGAGCGUCUUUAAGGUUGCUUAUCAAAGAACUGGCCAACGUCAAAGACGAAAAUGCCGGCAUGUACAUCAUUCCAGUGAUGAUCUUGCUAAUGUAUAAUUUUUCGGUAUGCAAAAAUGCCGACUUCAGUCACCAUGAGGGUCUGCGUCAGCUGGUUCUGUUCUGUGGCCCAGAGCGCUUCCAACAACAGCCAUUGUUGAGUGCGUUUGAGGCAACAAGGGAUAUUUUAAUUUCAAAGGCACUUUUGGAGCAGAAACGGACAUUCUUCGAAGAACCACAUUGGAAGACGAUACCAUGGCUUCUGAACCCCACAGCCAAAAACCCCACCAACCAGCUCCUCGACAUUCUAGCGGACAUACCAGGAUUUUUAGAGGACGAAGCCACUGUCAAACAGACUGGAGACCACAUGUUGCAGCUUAGCCUGUUCUCGCGCGUUGAACAGCACUUACAAGAACUGUACAAAUGGCGUUGGGCGUGGGAGGCGAACAAUCCGGGUGCGGCCAUUGAAAUUACUUCAUCGCCUAGUAGUAGCCCCGAAGAUCCGUCGACACCACAAGGGCUAGAAACAGUCUUGCGAUAUUCGACCUUCCUCCAAGCCAACGAAAUCUGCCUCUACAAUGCCGUACUGCUCUGGCUCCUCCGCUUCCUUGACGACCUUAGCCCCGGCGGGUCGGCCUCUGCCUCGUCGCUCAACACCUUCGAAAGCCCAGCUACAUUCUCCUCCCCGUCAAACACCACACGGUCGAACCAAUCAACCGAUGCAAUCGAUGAUGAAUUUUUGCUUGCGCAAGACAACUGGUCCAGAACACCUGCUACGCCGCUUUUGUUGCCAGGGCAGGCUCGUUCUCUAGGCCAACCAGCGCUGGAAAUAUGCCGCAGUUUCGAGUUUCUGCUACACAGUUUUGCGCGCAGCAAUGAUACGGCCCUGUCAUGGAUGAUGCCUAUCAGUCUUGCCUAUUAUGUCGUGCAGGAGGAUAACGCAUAUACCAGCUGGAUUCGUCGCAAGCUGAAUGCGUUUGAAGGUAAGGAGAACCUUCCUAUGUUUCAGGUUGCCAUGAUGAUGAUGAAGUGGCGGGCCGAUAUUCGGGAUGCUGGGACCCUGGAGUGA